AUGAAUGACUCCACAGAAACCACUAAGGUUGCUCCAGAGGCAUUGAUCUCCAAAUUCCAUCUGAGCAAGCUCCUCAAACAAGAUCAAAAUGGCCGCCGCAUCGCUCUCCUUGGUACAAUUGAUGACCAGCAAGGUAUCCUGAUCGCUGAGCGUGCAGCCUUCGCAACAGAGUCUCUCGCUGUUCUCCAAGCCUUCCACGCCGCUAUCACAGGUGUCAACAACUUAGGUGACAACGACAUCUACCGCUGGUACCUCGCUUCAUCUAGUGGCAAAAGCACAGCCAAUCAAAAUCCUACGCCCGCUGAAGCAGCAGCCCAAAUCCAACCACAACAGGACCUCAAACUAAACCUCAUCUGGCCCUGCACAGAAUCCCAUAUCAAAAAAUACUCUGAUCAACAGCUACGCAUGGUCACCGAAACCUCCACUAUCUACCAUCAGCACGUACGGCCGUACAUGCAAGCGAAGCGCGAGGAGGGGCGGUUGAAUUGGGUUUUCAAUAUCCUUGAAGGGCGCACCGAGCAAGAAGAUGUUAUAAUGCGGGAUGAGGGGCAUGGCCCCGAAGAUGGGUUCAUGAUGUUGCCUGAUCUCAACUGGGACCGCAAGACUAUGGGGUCGUUGCAUUUAUUGGCACUUGUGCAUAGACGCGAUAUUUGGAGCUUGAGGGACCUGAAGAAGAGCCAUGUGCCUUGGUUGAAGUACCUGCGAAAGCGCGUGCUAGAGGCCACAGUCUCUAUGUAUUCGGGUUUGGAGGAAGAUCAGUUGAAGCUUUAUGUUCAUUACCAACCGACUUACUACCAUUUCCACAUUCACGUGGUGAAUGUGAUGCUUGAAGCUGGUGCUACACAGGCAACGGGUAAAGCAUUUGGACUAGAGAACUUGAUCUCGCAGCUUGAGACUAUGGCUGGUGAUGAGAAUGCCAGUUUGGCAGAUGUUGAUUUGGCAUACUAUUUGGGUGAAGCGAGUGAGCUCUGGACGGAUGUCUUUUUGCCUUUAAAGCAGAAAACGCAGUCUGUUCGUUAA